AUGGCCGCCACCACUUUGCGCGCUGUCACGCAUCGCUUGACAACUACACCGGUUGACCAACUGCCCUCGAUUGCUGCAUUCCUCGCGGCCUCGCUGAGUGAUUGCGCUGAGCUCCUCUCGGCGCCACAAGCCCAAAAACCGGGCAAGGGGGACUCCGAUCAUGCCGUUCAAAUUCACAAACUAAAGACUCGCCUGGCCAGUCUGCUGCAAGAUCGCACCGUUGAGGGCCGAUGGACUGCCGUGGUUCUAGUUAAGGCCACCGUCGAAGCCGGACAAUGGGAGAUCUUGCGGGGCUAUGAGCCGAUCGUUCGCGGUCUGAUUGGUAUUCUAGCGAAACCCGACCCGGUAUCCACCCGGAAGAUGUGCAUUAUCACAUUAACUCGCAUUUUCCACCUCACAUACCAGUACCCGACAUUGGUUCGCGAAAUUACUACACCUCAUCUGCCAGGAUUUGUGACUGCAGCGCUGAACCUGGUCUCGACCUUGGUCAAGCUUCCCUCUGGAUCAAGCCGGAAGCCGAAGCCCAACACACCAUUUAUGGAAAUUGUCCUUCAUGCCAUCCUCGAACUAAUCCCUCGUCACCCCACAAUCUUCCGUCCCUUUGGAACCCAGCUUUGGUCUCUGCUCGGUGAUAUUCUCAGCUCCUCUUCGCAAGUGUACUUUCCAGAGCAGGUGUUGGAUGUCGCAGAGCAACUGUUCGCUUCUCUUUACAGAUGCGCGCCCAAGGACAAAUCAGGCUUGGGUUGGAGCGAUGAGUGCAAGUCGACCAUUUUGUCUGCCCACCGAGCCGCCGACCAUGUGUUUCGGGCUAUCACAGAGCAAUGGGAGUCGGUGGAUCCAACUUUGGUUCACAUUAAGCAGGACUACAGCAACGAAUUGGCGGAUCCGAGCGCUGAUGCUCUAGGAUUCCCGGGCUGGACAGGGAUUCAUGCCGGAACCGACAGGCUGGUUACACUUUUGCGAAUUCUCUCUGAAAUUAUCUCCAUGCCUUCGGCGGCCACCAUCGCCAUCCCUCUCGGCUCAAUUCUCGACUUGACUUCUCGGCUUACAUCCGUGACUAUUCCGCCGAAUGGGGAGGCUUCGCAGAAUGGCGUUCAAUUCAAUCCUCAAAUCAGCCGGGACGAGCGGGAGCUGUUGUGGGCCGAGCUGCCUCGCAUUCACAUUGCCUGUAUGGACUUGCUUGCGCAUGUUGUUGGUGUGCUAGAAACUAGCACAGCUCCAAUUUCGCAGAACAUCCUAGAGCAAGUGACCUGGGUCUUUAAGAAUGAGAAGUUCCGCAGAGACGUUCGCUCGGCGUCUUAUGACUUGCUUUCCUCCGUCUUGAAAUUGACCGGACCUGCCAUGACGAAGCAGAGCAUAGGCUCCGUUGCAAAUGUCCUUAGGGUCUGCUGCCAUGACCUGCUUCCUCAGUUUGAAGACUCUGGUGCGGCCGGCAAGUCGCAGACCGAUGCCAAGUCGAAGUCAAAAGGUGGUCAAGGUACAGCAAAUGCAGACUCAUUUUUGGACCCCGAGCUUCGUAAGAAGCAGCAAUUAAAAGCUUGCCCACAGUUCCCCGAACUUCAACAAGCUGCAUCUGGACUUCUGCAAGGUGCUCUGACGUAUAUUUCCCCUGGUCUUUUGGCGCCUUCCGUUCGCGCGGAAAUUGACCGCACCAUCAUCCUCACUUCGAACAAGGAUGCCAUGCUUGCUAGUGUCCUUAACCCAAUUCCGGCUGCCAAGGGUCGUGGCGCUGGCUCUAGUCUCAUCCCGUUUUUGGUCCGGGGAUACUCUGAUCAAAUGGAGGUCGAGGCUUUGGUCCGUCCCAGGAUGCCCGUCCUGAUGACCGCUCCGGAGCUUGAUGCCUAUGCUGAGAUGGAAGAAGAUGAAGAGGCCGAUGAAAUGGCUGAUGAGCCGUUCAAUGCUCCCUCCCAAUCUGCUAGCUUCUUGACACAACCGGCUGCUACCUCUGUUGAGGCUCAGAAGACCGAGCCCUCCGCAGCUUCGGUGGCACCCCUGCAGAAGCGGACUUACUUUGAGGAGACUAGCGCUGAAUCGCACUCCUCUCCGGCAUCGGGAAAGCAGCCUGUGCAGGUUAAAAAAGCUCGUUUCGAAGAGAAGGCUCAAACACCUGCCUCUGUCCCCGCAUAUCAACCUACCAAAGUUGAAGCCUCGAUGGUCCCCAAACAUGUCCAGGCUACUUCCCAGGCGCCAGCAACAUCCCAAGUCGCCGUGGAGGCGUUGCCCGUUGAUGAUAGUGAUGACGAGCUCCCCGCUUUGAACAUCGAUCCCGACACUGAUGAUGAGGAUGAUGAUGAAGAGGACGAUGAGGAUGUGGCGAUGGAGGGUUAG